AUGCAGCGGAUUCGCUGUGAGAUUAACCCUACAGAUAAACUCGGCACGUGCUUGACAUGUCUUAGAAUAAACAAUACGAAGAUUUGGCGGAUGCCUUGUCUUCGCUAUAAGAUCACCGACGUGAAGCUAUUCAAGCCUGGGAACGUGAAGGGGUACGAAUGGACUCGGAGGUGGGUAGAGGGGAUCCCUGACGAUAUAUCACAGUGGGCAUCGUCAGAAACGAAAAUAGUCAAAGUUACCGAAGGGUACACCGAACAGGCGGUCGAGCUCCGAGUGCGCCAAUUUGUUCCGCAGGAUGGAGACAAACUCGAGCGUAGUUGGGUUCACGAGGGAAAUAGGAGAAAAGUCAAAAUCCCCCCGUAUGCUAUCGUGAAUCUCGAGGAAGCGAAAAGUACCUAUACCAAUUAUAUCAGGCAAUGGUUGCCUGAAUGUUGCAAAAAGGUUGUCGGCAAGGAGAAGUUUUUACUCGCAACGUACGGCGCUGCGAUCAGAGCUUCUCGGGACCAGACUAUUGACCCCAAGGAGAGUGCGCUUCUGAGGAAGGCGUUACAGUUGUGGAUGGCUGUUCGCUUGACCACCAAAUCAACCAUUAUUGUUGGUGACGAAACGCUAGGGAUGUCUAAAGAUAUCAUGGAUGAGACGAGCCCACUUCGAGGAUGUGUUCCUCUCCCACCCGUGAUGGGCGCACAAAUUGAGCUUGUCCUUAUCCAUCAAAUACAAUCCAGUCUUCGGCGGGAAAUGUUGGAAAACUUACAAGCUAUGACACAGGCCAACAAGCAGAAGACCUGGUUCACGACAUACCUAAUCACAUUCAUCCUACUCCACAAUGUAGCUCUCCUCUGCCAACACGACGCCGGAUAUGCUCGAAAGCAUGGUAUCAAGAGCCGGUUUGCGAGAGAAGAGAUGGUGAGAGAGUAUCAAACGGGAGCGAACAUUCUGUUGGCAUAUUUUCAUUACUGCAAUAGAGGCGUAUAUCCGUUCUCUUUGGAGUGCAAGGAGCAAGACAUGUCGACAUUGGUCGACAAAGAUGAGACCAAGAUAAAGCUCAUCCAGUACACAAGAGCGCAAGCCGAAAAAUACAAAAAACACUGGGCGAAGUUGCGGCAGAGUGGCGAUUACGAGAAUGAUUUUUAUUAUAUAAGUCAAUUGUACGAGGAAAACUGGAUGCCACAGUCCACAAUUUGA